ACGCCCGAGUCGGAGUUGGCGGCGUUCGCGCACGGCGAUUAACGAUAUUAAUUCGCGAAUCGCGCGGAAUUGCGUUGUUUUCGUAGCGAAGCGCGGCGGGGGUGGUGCGGAGUGACAUGCUGUAAUGAACUAGAGCGGGGCUUUGUGCGCCAAAACCGCCCAAAUCAUUAACCACGAACAACUUUUUGCUCAUGAAAAAACGAUGACGACGAUGACCGAUGUCGAGAAAAAAGCUCCUGCCCACGGGAAAACAAACGGGUCUCAAUGUGGCUUUGAAGAAGGGGAGCCUGCUUUCAACCUGAUCAGAAACUUGGUUCGGAAGGGAGAGCGCCCCGCCCUCCCGUUCCUUAUAACCAGAAGCCUGUUUGCAGGACGCUCAAACAUAACAGGAACACAGGAGACCGCAGCGCCGUACAUGAACCGUUCUUGGAGACGCACUCUGGCUACAAAGACUUUACGGAUUACACUGGUUGUUUCACCUUUUAACGGCAAGCAAAGCACCAGAAGUGACCAUGGAUUUUCUCAACCACAACUAUUUGAAUGCGCGCAGCCCCUACGACUAUACUUUUAAUUUCUGGAACGACUAUCUCGGGCUGACGACGUUGGUUACGAAGAAUAACAAGCUCAGCAUGCCCCAGAGCCCCAACUCCAUCACCGAGUCCCUGAAAGCGACCCUGGGCUUGGACGAUUCCCCGGCGUGUCCGUGCGUAAUCGCGGGCGGCGUUGGCGAGAGCGGGCACCUGGACUGCUGCUGCCCGUCCGGCAGCCCCCCGCCCGACUCCAUCCUGGACUUGAAGGAGCGUUUCUCGAUACUGAGCCCCUUCCAAAACCAGCUCGGCGUCCAGCUGCCGGAGCGGGAGGCGGGCUUCGGUGGGAGCUUCGCCGGGUUUGAUCUGUUCGGCGUGGAGCGGAAGAUGCGCAAGCCCGCUUCCAGGAGCAAGCAGGAGCCCAAAAUCUGCGUCUUCUGCCGAAAUAACGGAGCGCCCGAGGAGGUGUACGGCUCCCACGUCCUGAAGACCCCGGACGGCAGGGUGGUGUGCCCGAUUCUGAGGGCUUAUACCUGCCCCCUUUGCAGUGCCAACGGGGACAAUGCCCACACGAUAAAAUACUGUCCACUGUCAAAAGACCAACCAUCCCAGCGACCAUUAAAGGGGGGGAGGGCAGUGGGUGGUAAGAGGAUGAAAAUAUUCUAAACAGACAAGACUAUAAAGUAAAUUGAAUUGCACUGAACAAUUUCCAGAUGACUGUUUUGAUUUCGGCUCUAGCCUUUAUCCCAGUUUCAUAAACAUAUUGAUUUUAUCUUUCUUUUUGUUUGUUUUUUCUCUAAGAUCUCUUAUAUUUUUAUAGUUCCUUUAUCCACAUAGAAUAAUUUUAUGCUUUAUACAUUGGAUUUAUUUUUCUUUUUAGUUUGUAGUCAUUUGAGCGUGUGCAUAUAAAUACACCUAUGUAUCAAUAAUCACAAAGUGUGAAUAAAUUUAAAAAAAAAAAAAAGAAAAAAAAAA